AUGCUAAAAGCUUCGUCAAUCCGAGAAUCGGACACGGAAGCUGGUGCUAGUGUUGGAGCACAAAGUUCCCUUCCAACGACCGAAGUUUCCUCUCCAAAUAGAUCUUACAAUGGUUCCAUCAAAGAAUCUCACGAUUCUGUCUUGACUAGAGCAAGAUCCCAUUUCAGCGAGGAGAUUACUCUCGUUCAUGCUGAUAUUCCAAUCAUCGCAUGUGCUCUCGUUUCUGGUAUCUGCGAUAGUAGUGCCUACAAUGCCUGGACUUGUUUCGUUUCUAUGCAAACGGGAAAUACCAUCUUCCUCGCUCUCGGCGCAUCCGGACAACCCAUCAGUCAUCCAUACGGUUGGGUUAAAUCCCUAAUGUCGAUAUUCUUCUUUCUCUGCGGUUGCCUCUUCUUUGCACAAACUCGACAUUUCGGCGCCGGAAAGAGUCGCGGAAUCCUAUCCUUAUCUUUUCUAUUACAAGGAAUCUGUGUAAUAAUAGCAGCAGCAUUAGUACAAGGAAAAGUGGUGCCCGAACCUUUCGGCGUCAAUGGUAUCGCAGAUGAAGUCGAUUUUAUCGACUUGAUUCCAUUAGCAUUCCUGGCAUUUCAAUCCGGUGGUCAAAUUGUAACGUCAAGAAUCCUUGGCUUUAAUGAAGUACCCACAACGGUUUUGACCAGUGUCUAUUGUGAUAUAGCUUCGGAUCCUAAGAUAUUCGCAUGGGAUAAUGUUAAGAGGAAUAGAAGAGUAGGGGCUGUUCUUGCUAUUCUCUCGGGUGGAAUUGCUGGUGGCUGGAUCAGUCGAAGUUCGGCUGGCUUGUCCGCUGCCCUUUGGCUUGCUGCUGCUAUCAAACUUACUAUUUCUUUUAGUUGGGCGGUAUGGAAGUCAAAGCCAGUCGCUUUGAUCAACGCAUUGAGUGCUGGUGCCAACUGGCACAAGUUUUUGGAUCAUAAGACACAAUUCAGUUCUACUGUCGGUCGGGUAGAACUCUCUGGCAGACUCUGGGACCACGGGUCGAGUCAUUGA